UGCUGAGUGGCAGCGGCCGGCCUGGGCUGCGAGCUUCGGCCGCCUCCUCCCGCUGCGCCCGCCCCUCGGCCUCCGCCCCGGCGCCGCCGACCCUCGUCUGCUCCCGCCCUCGCCCCUGCGGGUUCGCCGGGGCCAGACCGAGGCGGCAGCGAGGAGCCGGCACCGGAGAGCCCGGCUGGAGAAGGCUGGAAGCGCCCGGCCCGGAGCGUCCCCGGCCAGGUGAGGCCGCUGGCCGCCAGGACUUCCCACUCCGCAUGAAUGCCGCCAGCCCGGGACCGGGACCUCACUCCUUCUGCCUCCUUGGACCGCGGGACUAAGAGACCCUUGCUGCGACUUCCUUCCCGGACCCCCGCGCAUCUCACCGCUGUCUGUCUGGAUUGACCCCGUGGACUCCUGCCUCGCUUUCCCACCGUGAUCAUCAAUAUGUGUCAUGUCAUUGUCACCUGCCGCUCGAUGCUCUGGACCCUCCUGAGUAUCGUAGUGGCCUUUGCCGAGCUCGUCGCCUUCAUGAGCGCAGACUGGCUGAUCGGGAAAGGCAAGACCCGCGGCGCCGAGCCGGUAGGCACCGACUCGGAGCCCCACUACCUGGGCAUCCUCUGCAUGCGCACGCGGGGCAUGCAGCAAGUCCCUCGGGACACACUGUGCGGGACCUACGCCAAGAGCUUCGGGGACAUCGCCAGCGGCUUCUGGCAGGCUACUGCUAUUUUCCUGGCCGUGGGGAUCUUCAUUCUCUGCGUGGUGGCCUUGGUGUCCCUCUUCACCAUGUGCGUGCAAAGCAUCAUGAAGAAAAGCAUUUUCAACGUCUGUGGGUUCCUGCAGGGAAUCGCAGGUCUGUUCCUUAUCCUUGGCCUGAUACUCUACCCUGCGGGCUGGGGCUGCCAGAAAGCCAUAGACUGUGGACGGCAUGCAUCUCCCUACAAACCUGGAGACUGCUCCCUGGGUUGGGCCUUUUACACGGCCACAGGGGGCACGGUCCUCACGUUCAUCUGCGCCGUCUUCUCGGCACAGGCGGAGAUUGCCACCUCCAGUGACAAAGUACAGGAAGAAAUCGAAGAGGGGAAGAACCUGAUCUGCCUCCUUUAGUCCGGAAGACAAGACCGCUGCUACCUUUCUUUAUGACUCGUGACACAGUGAAGAGCCAGUCUUGACCUACCAGAGCCACAUUCCACAGCCCCAGGCCUUCGUGGGACCCGUGAGGAGCACCGCCCACCAAGCAGAGUUCUGGGACCCGCAGGCUACAGUGCACAUGCCAAGAGCAGACAAGGACAUGCUUUAGCCCCUGACUGUGGAGUUCUGACACACUCCGUAGCCCCAGGGCUCAAUGAAGGAUGGUGUUCUCACCCAGCAAGGCAGGUGACAAUCUCCCCGGCAUCGGAGGAGAGGCCAGCCAGCCUCAGGGUGCUUUGAGGCCAGUUUCUGGCCCCCAGCUAUGUGUCUGUGAACAUCUCAGAAUGUGGGCAGCAGGUGGGGUCGUGGUUUUCUUCCUACUUCAGGUUGUUUCAGCUGAAAGGAAGAUUACAGAGUUACUGAUGACAGGUUGUAUGCCAAGAUACCCGGUAUUGCUUGGCAGACCAAAGGGCUCAUCGGGGACAGUGUAGAAUCCCGCUGUGGAACUACGCCUGCUUGAGUUCCAGGGCAAGCGACAUCAAUGGAACCCUCCUCAGGAUCUGAGUGAAGACAGACAAUCAUCCCCUGGCAGUCGGGCAGAUGCUUUCCUGCUCCCUGCAGCCAGCCUAGUGCCUAAGCUGUCUCCUUGUAGUUAGUUUGCUCCUGGGGUUGGGGUUGUGCCUGGCCGCCCAGGGAAACCUCGGUGUUUCCUCCUUCCGGGAUGGCAGCCUCCAGACCAGCUGUAGCAGCACACAGAUGUUCACAGGGAGGGGCUGCCAGAAGCCCAGCCUUGGCAGGGUGACUUUCUGUUGGAUGACUGCUGUCAAGUCGGCUGGUGCCCAGUCCUAUUGGUAUUCUUCACAGAGAGGCAGGAGCUCGUCAUGGCAGCUUCUAAAGCUUUUGGUGUUGAUCCUGGGUGACUGGGUGACGCCAAAUCACUGCCACAGCCGACUUACAUCAAAUCCCAUCCCCAGGGUGGCACAGACUAAAAAAUGCAAACACAGGCGCAGGACCAAGCUCAGCACACCUGCCCAAGCAAAACCCACCAAAUACCACUACUAAAAAGGACUCAGGGCUUUGAACCCAGUUUCCAUAAAUUAUCCAUAUAACCAAAGCAGCCAGAAAUACCAGCGUCUGGCAGUAUAUAAUAAGCCUUGCAGAUAGGGACCCUACCUGUAGCAGUGUACAUGGAGUGCAGGACCCACUUGGUUUUAGAGCUAUGUUCCACUAAGGGCUUUGUCUUAAAAGGUAAAUAUUUAAGCACCUUCUACUGGCAAGUAUUUGCUAAGUCCAACCAGGUACACACCCUGAUUCAGAGUUUACAAGCCUGCCCCGGGAAACACUUAAAGCGAUGUCAGUUUAGAACCAAGCCUUGGUUCAGAGUAACUGCCUUACAUGGAGACAGGCUAGGCCCACUGGGGUUUAAUUAUAGUUUAUUUGCCCUUUGGCCUAUACCAGAAACCAUCUUCUCUUAUCUCCCAUGAAGAGAAAGGUUAGGGAAGAAGGGUGUUGAAUCAGAUCUUAAAUUCAGUUUUGAACUAGUAUUCAAACUAAACAAGGUAGAGAUCCUGUGGCUUCUUUAGAAGAGAGAAGGGGAGGCCCCUAAGCAACCUUAGGAAGACUCAGGAAACAGGAACAGAUCACUAAGCGCAUGGGCCAUCCAGCAUGUGGAAAAGGCUCUCGUCCUUCACUGUGUAUUUACCAUGUCCUAACCAUGUACUUCUGCCUGCACAGUAACCGUGUUUCCAACCGGGGCAAUACUUGGCAUGAAACAUAGUUUUACUCAUAGGAAAACUGACAAGAAUACUUUAGUUUUCCUUGAACCAGAUUAAUUUUUAAGUAUUUUUUACAUACAAUCUUAGCCCGUUCUUCACAAACUAGUCCUAAGCUAGGGACCCUGUUCUUUGGGUAAGGUGAAGUGGACUAUGUCAGCCUGCUAACAGUCAAAAAUGAAAAUGUGACCUCUCUGCCAGAUUACUUAACAGUGUUUUUUUUUACUAAUUUAAACAUUAGAGAAGACCCCCCCCCAAAAAAAAAGGGUCACAAAUGAAAUGCCACACUAUUGAAAACUACCUAAGUGUUGCCUUAAUGGAACAGAGAGAGCGAAGGGGAGGGAGUUCAACAUUUGAGACCUUCAAACCAAUCUACAGACUUGUACAGGGAAUGAAGGGGCCACCCACAAUCAUGCUAGUGGAGAAUGAGACUUGACUUAUGGCUCGUCAGACCCUUGUUGGCCUGUACCCAUUUCACUAGAACCAUCACUACUGCAGGAAAAGUCUUAUUUGCCUGCAUUUGUACCAGCUUCUCAAGGAACGCUAAAGCAGAAAUACUUGGAGUCUGUGGAUUCUUUAAACCUGUGUGGUAAUUCAACAAUAUUACAUUAACUGUGGAAGGUUUCUGUAGAGUUCUGGAGCAUCUGUGGUGUAAUCAAUGGUCUUUGUUAAACAUGUAUUCUGUAAAGUGCCAUAGUCUUUAUGUGUAGCAUAUUUAAAUAUAUAUCACACAUACACAAGUUUGAAAGAUGUGCAAUAACAAAGGUGUAUGUAUGUUUUGUUUGGGGAAACUGGACACACUUCAAAACAGGGAUGUUUCUGUUUUGCAAAGGAGAGUUAGACAUAUUUGCCUUCAUGGCAACAAUUUUAAUGCUACACAAGCCUUAUUGUGAAGAAAAGACUGGUAUAAAGUCAGCUUUCCUGGGUCUAAAUGGAAGUGAUCACUAUAUUUAUGGCAGACUCGGUCCAGCAAGCCAGGCCCAGUCAAUGCUAGUCUUUCAUGUGAAAUGUGAAGCUGCCAUGUUGCCUUUUCUCUUAGCCUGAUAACUAGCAGCUGGUGUCGACUGAAGAGCUAUUCUUUGUGAGCUUUGGUAGACUGUGUUAAUGCUAGGCCACUAUAAUAAGGGCUAGUCUCCCGCUUUCUUAGCCGUAAGAGUCUGGCUUAGGACAGACCAUUCUGUGCAAUAACAUGUGGCUGCCGGGAACCCCGGGCCUGCAUUUGUGUUUCGGGAGCGAAGACUCCCAAGGCCAAAGGAAUUCAAGGGAUGAGUGAGGGGACUUCUGAGACCGUGGGGAGACUCCUUCGAUAGCCGAGGGAGUCCUUCGGUGCAGUGAAGGAACUCGGCGCCAUUUGAUGUUCAAUAACCACUUGAGCCAAAUACGAAGAUGUACUUAGAGCCGACGACUCAAUUGGAGCCUUCCUGUGUGUGGUCGUCCUGUUAUACUGUAAACUAAUACAUUGUUUGUCUAGCAUUGAUUAGCAUUCUGUACAUAAGAUUUUCUGCUUGAGAUCUGAAUUAAAUCAGAUUUUGCAAACUCAA